AUGCUUGAUAAAGAAGCUGUAUUGAACGACAUAGAACUCACUUCUAUCAGCUUGACCAUGUUGUCUGGAGGCUUGGAUACCCUGACCGCUCUAAUGGCCUGGAGUAUUGCCCUUCUCGCUAAUCGGCCUGAUAUUCAGGAAAAGGCAACGGCUGCAAUCAAGGAGAUGCACCCAGAGGAUGUGCCUCUCUGUCCGGCGUCAGAUGACCAAGGCUGCCAAUAUAUUGUCGCCCUCGUCAGGGAGCUUUUAAGAUACUAUACCGUCCUCCGCCUCGCCCUUCCUCGAACAACCAUAAAUGAUAUUGCUUACGAAAGAAAACUCAUUCCCAAAGGGGCCGUCUUCUUUCUCAACGCCUGGGCUUGCAACAUGGAUUCCGAUGUAUGGACUGAUCCUGAAGUAUUCCGCCCUGAGCGCUGGUUCGAAAAGCCCGACGCCCCAAUUUUCACGUAUGGAGUAGGCUAUCGGAUGUGUGCCGGUUCUCUAAUUGCUAAUCGCGAGCUGUAUCUGACCUUCAUCCGCAUGAUCAACAGCUUUCGCAUCGAGGCGUAUGACAAAAUCGACUGGCACCCUAUUCAUGGCAACUCGGAUCCAACCAGUUUGGUGGCUAUCCCUAAAAUAUAUAAGGUGCGCUUUGUACCGAAGAAUAAGCAAGUGCUGGAGGAGGCGCUUGCGAAUUUCAGGAAUACGGGGGUUUAA